AUGUUUAUACUGAUAAUAAUUACUGUAUUGAGAAGUACUGAAUGUGAGCAGCAAAGAAUUUUCAAUGUUUCUGAACAAGCACCGGUUGGAUAUAUAGUUGGAUAUUUUAACGGAACUCCAUCCAGUGGUGCUAAAACAAAUUUUUACAUUGUUUAUCCGGAUAAUACUGGAGAAACCGAAAAAUACUUGGGAGUGGAAGAAGUAAGUGGUAGGAUACGAGUCUUGCAUGAGCUAGAUUAUGAACAUCGCACUUCAUACCACUUAAUCGCCGUACCAAUAGAAAACCGUUCACAUGGGGAAACAAUUCACGCAAUAGUAAAUAUUAUCGAUGAGAAUGAUAAUACGCCGACAUUUCCUGCUUCUUCCAUCAACGUAGCCAUUUCCGAAUUUGCUGCUUUAAAUUCGGAAAUUUCGUUACCACCAGCAAUAGAUAACGAUUCUCUUCCACUAUCAGUGAUCAGGUAUCAUAUCAUAUCCGGAAAUGUUAACAAUGCAUUCAAAUUAUCAAGUAAACGAAUCAAUUCAAUACUAUAUGUUGACUUGGUUGUAAAUGGACAGCUGGAUCGAGAAUAUCGCAGCCAAUAUGAGCUUCUCAUUGAAGCUUUAGAUGGAGGCAACCCACCAAAUAGUGGUAAAAUGCUCGUGAACGUGACAGUUCUGGAUGCGAACGAUAAUGCGCCAGAGUUUAGCCAAAAUGGAUACAAUGCUUCUAUUCCGUGGAAUAUAUCGGCGGGUUACGUGGUUGCAACAAUUCAUGCUGUAGAUCCUGACCUAGGAGAAAAUGCUCGAGUUGCUUAUUCCAUUGCAAAGAGUCGUGCUGAUCUGAAGAUCCCAUUUCAAAUUGAUAGUGAAAAUGGCGUAGUACAUGUAAGCGAUCCGAAACUUCUCGUUUCUGGUUCAGUUUAUCAGCUUCUAAUUGUGGCCAGUGAUCACGGAGUACCUCAACCUCUUGAAUCUACAAGUAUUUUAACUAUUACGGUUCAGAAGAGUAAUCAGCCAAAACUUCUUUUUGAUAUCUUUUGGCUUACUGAUAGCAAUAAACCAGAAGUUUAUGAAAAUGUUACAAUAGGACACGUUAUUGCUCGGAUCGCUGUGCAAAAUGCACCACAAGAAAGUGAAUUAUCGGUAAGCGGAUGCGAUGCGCUAUGCAUCAAAGAAACUGAUUCGUCGGGUGUUUACUUAUUACUUGUCUGCGGAUCCUUUGAUCGCGAACAAAAAUCUGAAUACAAUUUAUUUCUUACCAUAGCGUCUGGGGAAAAACAAUUGCUAGAGAUCCCAGUGUUUUUUGAGGUACUUGAUAUCAACGAUAAUGCACCCAAAUUCGAAAAAUCACUAUUCCAUGUAAUAUUUAAUCGAUCUACAACGCAUUAUAAAUUAGUGCGAAUUCAAGCAUCAGAUCCGGACAGUGGUGAAAAUGGUAGGAUACAUUAUACUCUUUUGGGUACUAAUCUAUUCGAAAUUGAAUCCGACACCGGUAUCCUGAAUGUCUACGAAAAAUUUGACUGUUCACUUGAAGAGCAUCGUUUUCAUGUCCGUGCCGAAGAUUUCGGCACUCCGCCACAAUCCUCAACAGUUGAUGUUAUUGCUCAAAUCAUUGAUAGCAACGAUCGGCCUCCUCUUUUUACAAAGCCAUUAUAUCAUGUGAUCGUUAAGGAGGACGCGGAAUUGGACAGUUGCCUUCUCAAGAAGAGGCCAAUUUAUUGCAUUAAUGAGUGGGGCAUUAGUGAAGGAACGCCUCAAUUCAAAUGCUUAAUACCAAAUUUAUGGAAUUUGUUAUGUUCAACUGAUAAGCGUUUAACAUUCUCACUGAUAAGCAUGUAA